AUGUUCAAGAAAGAAAUCCCCACCAGCAACCGGUCAAAGGUCAAGUCCUCGGUGCAGCGCGGUCUCCGCCAGAGGCUGCUGGAUGCGUACCCGGGGUUCGAGCCAUAUAUUGAAGAAAUAAUGCCUAAGAAGGGAUCUCUCGAGGCUGUGAAACUCCCAGACAGAGUAACCCUCUACACAAUAGACUCAAUUCCCCUCUUCUUCCAACCAAUCGACGGCCCACCAAUCCCCCACCUAAAACUAAUUCACCAAUUCCCAUCCGCACUGCCAACAAUCCAAAUCGACCGCGGCGCAAUCCGCUUCGUGCUCUCCGGCGCCGCGCUCAUGGCGCCCGGUCUGACUUCGCCCGGUGGCCGUCUGCCCGAGAAAGAGAAUGCUCUCGAGGCGGGCCAGAUUGUUGCUAUUAAGGCCGAGGGCAAGGAGGAGGUUUGUCUUGUUGGUACGCUUAAGGUUGGUACCGAGGAGAUGAAGAGUAAGGGUAAGGGUGUUGUUAUGGAUGAGGGGCAUUAUCUUGGUGAUGGGUUGUGGAAUAUGCAGUUGGAUUAG